AGUCACCCAACUUAUAUGAACAUCCUGAUCUGCCAUUAUGUAGAUAACCACGCCAUUAACAAACGCCUCAAAAACAUAAUCGUACAGAAUGCAUAUUCCAAAAUACUUCCUCCAAGCUCGCCCUCCUCCUAACGCGACCAUCAAGAAGCUCGACUUCACUAAAACCACGCCUCCCAUCCCUGCUUACAAGAACCAUUUCGCCGCUCUAAUCGACAACAUCCUCACCCCAGCCGAAUGCAGCCAGCUCCUGCACCUCGCCGAACAAUCUAUAAGACCCGAAAACACCACUCAUAUCAACCCAGGGGAAACUCCUUGGGACCGCGCCCUGUUGAACGUCGGCAACGGGAAAGAAAUUAAAGCACCCGGCUUCCGCAACUGCGGACGUAUCAUAUAUGACUCGCCAGAUAUUGCAGAUAGGCUACUCAACCGACUGCUACCAUUUUUGCGAGAGUGCGAUAUUGUGCAGAUUUCCAACCAGCCUCUCGUGACGGGGGCUGGUCCCGCCACUCGCGGUGAGACCUUCAAGCUGACACGAUUGAAUGAGAAACUGCGGUUUUUGAAAUAUACGGGUGGGGAGUAUUUCCGUCCGCAUACUGAUGGGUGUUAUGUUACUCCGGAUGAGCGAGAGAGAUCACUCUUUACAGUGCAUUUGUAUUUGAAUGGUGAGGGAGACCAGGAUGAAGGUGAGCUCCAGAGGGCGAUCACGAGACGGGAACGGAUGGAUGCUCGUGGUAGUGAUGGCAAUUCCGAUUGUGAAGUGGUAUUCGGAGAUGAAGAUGCGGAUGAGGCUAUGGAGUCUGAGGAAGAGGAGGAAAACCUUGAGGAUGCAAAAGAGCAAAUCCUCCUCGGAGGUGCGACCUCAUUCAGACUUGAGUCUUUCGCUGGGGAGCGAGUGGUGAGAGUGUUUCCAAAGGCAGGCUCGGUGCUGGUCUUUCAACAGAGAGGGCUCUGCCAUGCUGGAGAUGAUGUAUUUCGGGGAGUGAAGUAUACCAUGCGGACCGAUGUGAUGUAUGAGAAGGUCCAGAGUUGAAGUCGAGGAGACGAGUUAUGGUAUUGCCUUGACAACUGUAGCUGAGAAUUGUGUAUUGUUGAGAACUGUUACAUAUAAUGCGGGGGAAAAGUUAAUUCCUUCCCUGAGUAGAAAGGAUAUAUUUUGUAACUGAAA